UUAAAAAAAGAAUGGAAAGAAAAAGGUUAUGUUGAUUCAGAAAUCACACUAGAAGUAGCAGAUCCAUUUCUGAAGGCUUAGCAGCCAAAAAGCACAGUGCAAAAAUGCUCUCUCCCUGUUUACUUUUAACCUCUGGUUUGUCUUGGAUCUGAUUCUUAGUAGGCGGUGUUAUCUUACAGAAAUUGCAGCCUCUCUCGCCACCCCUUUUGUGUAAAGGGUCCUGCCUGUAAAAGCAUGAAAAUGCAUCCUCCUGGAUUGCUGUUUUUCUUCUUAGCAGCAUGCUUCACUCCCACAGCUGACUGCCAGAGUCAGAAGUUAAAAUCCAUGCGAUGCAAUGUCAAGACGAUGUUCACCUUGAAUACAGCAUGUACUUCUUGUGCUGCAGUGCCUAAAAUGUUGUGUCCAAGAGGCUGGUUAAAGACCACCCAAAGAUCAGGGGUGAGGGACUGCAGAUACUCUGUCAAGUUAGGAGAAAAUACCCUUUCCCUGCCAGGGUGCCAUCACAUGUGUAAGAAGGAAAUUGAGGAGAAAAAGUGCUGUCCAGGAUUCUGGGGUACAGAGUGCUACGAGUGUCCAGGUGGCUCUGAAAAUCCCUGCAAUGGCCAUGGGACAUGUUUGGAUGGUAUACAGCAGAAUGGGACCUGCAUCUGCAAGGAGCAAUACAGUGGGUACGGCUGCCAGAACUGCCAGGAUGAAAAUCGUUUUGGCCCAGACUGUCAGUCAGAGUGUGACUGUGUGCAUGGGGAAUGCAACAGCGGCGUUGCUGGGAAUGGGAGCUGCACGUGCUAUGGAGGCUACACAGGCCCCAGGUGUGACCAAGAGCUCCCCCUUUGCAAAGGUGUGACGUGCGAGGCCAACAGCGAGUGUGUGGUGAGGGAUGGGACAGCCCUGUGUGACUGCAAGGUGGGCUACAGAAAACAGGGCAGCACUUGCCAAGCUCAGGAUCCUUGUGCUCCUUCUCCAUGUUCCCCCUUUGCUGUAUGUAAAGUUCUUGGAUCACGUACAUAUGAAUGCACCUGCAAAGAAGGAUAUCAAGGAGAUGGAAAGAUUUGCCAGCCCAUCAACCCUUGUGUUGACAGCAAUGGAGGCUGCCCAGAAAACUCUACCAUUUGUGUUUACAGACGUCCAGGAGAGGCAACGUGUGUUUGCAAGUCUGGGAUGAGUAGGAGAACUCCUUCGUCCGAGUGUUCGGCAUUUCCCAGCGACUGCCGGCAGUACCUUUGCGACGUGACUGCCAUGUGUGAAAUUAACUCUCAGGGGACUCCUAGCUGUGUGUGUAAAGAAGGGGAGAUUGGAGAUGGGAGAAGUUGCUAUAAAGAUCUCUUGGGUGAGAUAAAUCAGCACAAUUUGCGAGGAAGGUUUAUAAGGAAGCUAAACGUCGCCAAGAAAAUGUUUGCUUCUGGGUGCUCAACAUUGCUGACUAAAUAUGGGCCCUUCACAGUCUUUGUACCAUCCCUUCUUCCCAUUCUUGAUAGAAUGGAAUUCAACGACACAGCUGCUGAGCAGUUGUGCAAAAUGCACAUUGUUCCUGGUCUGCACUUGAUAGAAGAUAUGAUAAAAGCCAAGACUAUGUGGACCUUGUCAGGACAUCAGCUGACAUUCACUAGCCAGACAUACAUCAAAUCUUUCCGGUAUCAAGAUCUGCCAGGGGAACUGUACAACAUCUUGCAGUCAAAUCUCCCAGCAGCCAAUGGCAUCAUACAUAUUGUCAACAGCCUCAGGAAAAAACCCAGCACUGACAACCUCAGAAACCCACAGAAAACCAUUGGUGAGAUCCUUGCCUCAAUGGAGAUUUUCAGUAGAUUUGAAACUAUACUGGAGAACUGUGGCCUGCCUGCAAUACUGGAUGGACCAGGCCCCUUCACUGUGUUUGUACCCAGCAAUGAUGCUGUGGAUAGGCUGAGAGAUGGAAGGCUCAUUUAUCUUUUCACAGAGGGCAUCAAUAAGCUCCAGGAGCUGGUGAAACAUCACAUCUACACUUCAGCAGCGGUGACUGUAGAGCAACUGAUAAUAAUGCCACACAUUGUUACAAUGGCUAACCAGAUACUUACCAUCAACAUUAGUGCAGAUGGAAGAAUUCUGAUGGAUGAAUCAGGGAUCCCAUUAAAAAUGCGAGACAUUGUGGCUUCAAAUGGUAUUAUUCAUACUUUGGAUGGCAUCUUCAUCCCUCCUUCAAUCGUUCCCAUUUUGCCUCACAGAUGCAAUGAAGAGCAACAUAAGAUUGUGAUGGGCACUUGUGUGGAUUGUGAGGCCCUCAACAACAGCAUUUGCCCACCUGGCAGCAAGGAAAUGGAACCAACGCUGUCCCCAAAGGAAUGUGUUUACAUCCAUGACCCACAGGGCCUGAUGGUCCCGAAGAAGGGAUGUGCCAGGUACUGCAAUCAAACCAUCACGAAACCUGGAUGCUGCAAAGGGUUCUUUGGUCCAGACUGCAUGCCAUGCCCUGGGGGAUUUUCCAGCCCGUGCUACGGCCGGGGAAAUUGCAGUGAUGGCAUUCAAGGGAAUGGCAACUGUCACUGCUUUGAAGGUUUCAAAGGCACAGCCUGCCACAUCUGUGCAAAUCCAAACAAGCACGGCGAGAACUGUGAUGAAGAUUGUGGCUGUGUCCAUGGUGUCUGUGACAACAGGCCUGGCAGUGGGGGGGUGUGUCAGUCCUGGUCCUGCAAGGAAGGCUACACCGGGAAAUUCUGUGACAAGACAUCCAGGAACUGUGGUCCCAGUGGGCUGUCCCAGUACUGCCACCAGCACGCUGUCUGCAGCCUCAAUGACACAGCAAGGUGCAUCUGCAUGGAUGGAUACGAAGGGGAUGGGUUUUCCUGCCAGCCCAUUGACCUGUGCAGUCAGCCAGAACGGGGAGGUUGUUCACAGAAUGCCCUGUGCACCAGCACAGGCCCUGGCACUGCCACAUGCCAGUGCAAUGUGGGCUGGACUGGGGAUGGCAAGGCCUGUGUGCCCAUAGACAACUGCAUGCUGGAGAGCAGAGGGAGCUGCCACCUCAACGCCGACUGCGUGUACACCGGGCCUGGACAGAGCAAGUGUGUCUGCAAGAGGGGUUAUGCUGGUGAUGGCCACAGCUGUGAUGCCAUCAACCCGUGCCUCAUGGACAAUGGUGGCUGCCAUGACCUGGCUACGUGUGUACCCCUUGGUGGAGGAGAGAGAUCCUGUGUUUGCUCUGAAGGCUACUUUGGGGAUGGCAUGACAUGCUAUGGAGACAUUCUAAAAGAGCUGGCCAGGAAUUCCCACUUCGUGGGCUUCUACAACUGGGUUAAGAAAUCUCUCUUCAGCAUCCCAGCAGGAGCCAAUGUCACUGUCCUGGUGCCAUCAGAGGCAGCUAUCAAGAACCUAAGCAAUGCUGACAAAGAUUUCUGGUUGACCCCUUACAUGCUGCCAUUUUUAGUCAGAGCCCACUUCCUUGAAGGUGUCUUCACUGCUGAAAAGCUCAAAAAGUACGGACCAGAAUUACCCACUCUCAACCCACAGACCAGAUGGCAGAUAAACACUGCGAGUGGCGUAUUGACCAUCCAGAAUGCAAGUGUAGUUGUCAGUGACAUCCCUGCCAGCAAUGGCAUCAUCCACAUCGUCAGUAAGGUUUUGUUGCCAUCCCCAGGAGAUAUCCCACCAAGCCCUCCUGGUCUGCAGGAGCAGCUCAGCACUGUGGCCUCCUUCAGCACAUUCCAGGAGUUGCUAGAGGAGUACCAGCUCAUUGGGAAAGUUGAGUCCUCUGAAAAAUACACAAUUUUUGUUCCUGGAAAUAACUCCAUUGAGGAGUACUGCCGUGCUGCCAAUGUGACCCAGCUGGACAACGAAACAGUGCAGUACCACAUUGUACUGGGAGAGAAGCUCUUGCCUGCAGACUUGAGAAGUGGAGUUCAUAAGAACAGCAUGUUAGGGCUCUCCUACUGGCUGAUGUUUUACCAAAACAGCACCCAGAAGUUUGUCAAUAACAUUCCUUUGGAUGGAAAGUCCUUUGAGACGAGGAAUGGCAUCCUGAUUGGGGUGUCCCAGGUGCUCCAGGUCCAGAAGAAUCGCUGCACUGCCAAUACCACCACCAUACUGAAGUCAAGGUGCGGCAAGUGUGACAAGGGGAUCAAGUGUCCUUCUGGAUCAGUUCUUUUGGAGCCCCUUGGAAGAGGGAAUCUCGCUAAAUGUAGAUUGCGGUCUGCGGGUGCGGGGACAACAGGUUGCCAUUUCACCUGUGCAAAAGUUUCUCUGACGUCCGUCUGCUGCCCCGGCUACUACGGCCACAUGUGUGAGAUGUGCCCUGGGAAGCCAGGCCGGUGGUGCUCUGGGAACGGGGAGUGCCAGGAUGGCAUCCAGGGCAGCGGGGAGUGCCGCUGCCUGGAGGGUUUUCACGGCACUGCCUGUGAGAUGUGUGAAGUGGGACGAUACGGAGCCGACUGCAAAUCAGAAUGUGCCUGUGACAAUGGCAUUUGUAACGAUGGACUGCAAGGGGACGGGAGCUGCGAGUGCUUCCCGGGGUGGACGGGCCCCACCUGCCAAGAAAGGAUCAAGAUUGACUUAUGCAAUAACACUUGCCAUCAAAUGGCCAACUGCCUCAACAGUUCCACAGAUUCCCAACCGACCUGCUUCUGCUCUGCUGGAUACACAGGGAAUGGAACCCACUGCACAGAAAUAGAUCCCUGCACUACUGACCAUGGUGGCUGCUCCAUGCACGCUGUGUGCACCAAAGUGUCCCCAGGAGAGAGAACCUGUGCUUGCAAGGAAGGCUAUGCUGGGGACGGGACACUCUGCAUGGAAAUUGAUCUCUGUCUGGAAAGCAAUGGGGGCUGCCAUACUCACGCAGAGUGCAUCAAAACAGGCCCAAAGAAGGUUGCCUGCAACUGCCUGCCUGGUUACAGUGGGGAUGGUGUGAGCCAGUGCAACCCCAUCAACUUGUGUGAACAGAACAAUGGAGGCUGCAGCCCCUUUGGGCUCUGCAAGUACACAGGCCCUGGCACCCGGAACUGCUCCUGCUCCUGGCACAGCAUUGGAGAUGGCUUCACCUGCCGUGGCAAAGUGCAUCAGGAGCUUGGAAGGAUUCCAGAUGCAUCCGUGUUCUUUAGGAUGAUACAGGCAGAAAGCAUCAAAGAGCUCAGUGGGGCAGGGCCUUUCACUGUCUUCGUCCCACAGACAGAUUUCAUAGGAAACACCACAGUGUUUGAGGAGUGGAAGAGCAGAGGCCUCCUCCGGGACCUGCUUCGCUACCACAUGGUGGGCUGCCAGAAGCUGCUCUCCAGUGACCUGGAGGGCCAGGAGUCCCUUACAUCUUUAUCUGGCCACAAAAUAAAGAUCACAGUGAGCGAGAAUAGCAUCACUCUCAACGAGGAAGCCACAGUGCUCACCAGUGACAUCGUGGGUGUGAACGGGGUCAUUCACUUCAUCAACAAGGUCCUCAUUCCCAGUGACCUGGUGGGCCAGAACAUCUCAAAGCUCUCACAGAACAUCACGGACGUGGCCGAGGCCUUUGGGUACACCAUUUACAGCAAGCUGCUGCAGGACGCGGAGCUGCUGCCGCUGCUCGCUAACCCCGUGCACAGACCCUUCACGCUGCUCUGGCCCACGGACGCCGCCUUCAGCGCCCUCCCGGAGAGCCGGCAGAAGUUCCUGUACCGCAGGGAGCACCGCGACGUGCUGGCCUCCUACCUCAAAGCACACAUCAUCAGGGACACCAAGAUUGUUGCAGGUAAUGUGCCCCAAGUUGAAAGCAUACGGACCAUGCAUGGCUCCACCAUCUCAUUCAGCUGCAGCAAAGCCCAUGUGGGGGAGAUUCUGGUGGGGAACAGUGACGCCACCAUCAUCCAGAGGCACAUGGAGUUCAAUGGGGGCAUUGCUUAUGGCAUUGAUAGAUUGUUGGAGCCACCAGAUCUGGGAUCUCGGUGUGACGAGUUCACCCUGACUGAGCUGCAGGGAUCUACAGAGAGCUGUGGACUCUGUGGCUUCGAGCCACCCUGCCCUGCUGGCUCCGUUCAACGGGGGGAAACCAGGCGCUGCUACUAUUAUGGAAACCAGCUGCUGAGGAACACCUUCCUGUUCCACCACAACUCCCUGCUGCGGCCGGCGUGGCCACCGCACUCCCCGUGGGACCCCUUCAGGAGACACUUCUCUUCCAGGGGGCCUCUCAGACGAGGCUGCAGGAGGAGCUGCGUGUCCAGCCACUGGGUCCCGCAGUGCUGUGCCAACCACUAUGGCCGGGACUGUCGGGCGUGCCCAGGAGGGCUGGAGGCGCCGUGCAACAACCGUGGCACCUGCGAUGACAAAAUCGGCGGCUCGGGGAUCUGCAACUGCAGCCAGGAGUUCAUCGGGACGGGCUGCGAGCUGUGCGCGCCCGGCAGAUACGGCCCGGAGUGCCGAGAGUGCAACUGUACUGAGAAUGGUGUGUGCAAUGGAGGCCUGCACGGUGACGGCUUCUGCUUCUGUGCUGAGGGCUGGACUGGGGAGCGCUGUGAAAUCAGACUGGUGGUGACACCCACCUGCUCUCCCCCGUGCCACGCCCAGGCCGCCUGCCGCGCCGGCAACCUCUGCGAGUGCGACCUGCACUACGAGGGGGACGGGAGAACGUGCUCAGUGAUCGACAUGUGCAGCCAGGACAACGGGGGCUGCGCCAGGCACGCACAGUGCUCACAAACGGGCGUGAACGUGUCCUGCGCCUGCAGCCCCGGCUACCGAGGGGACGGCUACAUCUGCGAGCCCAUCGACCGCUGUGCCGACGGCAGGAAUGGGGACUGCAGCGAGCACGCCCUCUGCAUCAGCACCGGCCCGAACGAGCGGCGCUGCGAGUGCAAGCAGGGCUACGUCGGUGAUGGGAUCCAGUGCCUGGAAGAGGUCGUGCCCCCCACGGACCGGUGCCUGGAGGCCAACGGGCAGUGCCACCGGGAGGCCAUCUGCACUGACCUGCACUUCCAUGAUAAGACCAUGGGUGUGUUUCACCUGCAGUCACCCCGAAAAAAGUACGACUUCACCUACGAGCAGGCUCAGGCAGCCUGUGCUGCAGAAGGUGCUUCCCUGGCCACAUUCCAGCAGCUGGCAGCAGCACAGCAGAUGGGAUUCCAUCUGUGCUUGGUGGGUUGGCUGGACAAUGGCACAGCUGGAUACCCCACAGCCUACCCCAACCCCAGCUGUGGGUCCAGCCGUGUGGGCAUUGUGGACUACGGCUCCCGGAGCAACCUGAGCGAGACCUGGGAUGCGUUCUGCUAUCGGGAGAAGGACGUGACCUGCACCUGCCGUGAUGGCUUUGUGGGAGAUGGGUACUGGUGCAGUGGGAAACUGCCCGAUGUGCUCGCAGACCAGGACCGCUUCUCCACCUUCUAUUCCAUGUUGCUCAAUUUUGCCAAUGACACAGAAGAAGGACUGGAUUUUUUCAUGUAUUUGUCUGAUGUCUCUGCUCCCAAAACUCUCUUUGCCCCUCUGAAUUCUGGCUUUGCAGACAAUGAGACACUGACAGGAGAAGAACUGAAGCUCCACGUGUCAUCCAGCAACGUCAUCCUCUUCAGCUUCAACCUCACAACGGGCACCAUCAUCCCAUCCCAGUCGGGAUACGACCUCCAUGUAUCAGAGCUCCCAGCAAGCAACAGUACAAAGCACUCAGACGCCAAGGGGAUCAAUGACACGAUGAUUGUGGAGUGGGACAUCGUAGCUUUCAAUGGCAUCAUUCACGUGAUAGCAGAGCCACUGAGGAUUCCACCGCCCCUUGUUCACCUUGGCCAGGUGAACGGUGCGGCGCACGGGCCGGGCUCCGUGGCCACGGGGACGUUGUCAGCGCUGGGCUUUGCGCUGGCGCUGCUUGCCGGUGCCGGCGUCGCCUACUACUGUGUGAAGAGGCGGCGGCAGCAGGGGCAGUUCGGGUACUAUCAGGCCGAUCUCCGCGAGGACGAGGAGCAGGAGGAAGAGGAGGAGGAGGCGCGGCCCCGGCCGGAGCGCGCGGGCCCGCGCACCGCCAGGCCCCGCCCGCAGCGGCCGCUCGUGGCCAUCCCCAACCCGCUGUACGGCGGCCACGCCCUCGACUACGAACCGCUGCACGACCCGCCCCUGGCGGACGCCGGCACCGACCCCCGCGGGUUCCCGCAGUGACCCCGCGCAGCCCCGACCGGACCGCACGCAGCGCGGGGAAAUAAACAGCUCAGCGCCACCGGCUGUGCCCGCGCCUGCCUCGCCGCCCCGGCCUCCCACCGCCCGCCCCGCCGCUACCGGCCGCCCCCAGCAGAGUCACUCAUGCUGCAGUCCCAGGCUAUGAGGGCAGCUAUAGAAGCACUGGAGAUGUGGAGCUCCACACCUGAGCCACAUGUCUGGGCACAGAGCAGGGAGAGUGUCCCCCACCAGCACUGGUCCCUCCAUCUCACCUACUCCUAGAGAGGACUCCCUGCAGAAGCACCCAUCCUCUGUCCAGCCUGCAAUGCACUUCAGGGAAAGGGAUGGAGCCAGUGAAGGGAGGAAAUAAACACACCAUCUACACACAUACGCAAGUGUCAAACGCCCUUUAGUGGUAGACAGAGGUGCUGCCCCGGCCGUGCUGCUGCUGCCUGCAGUACCUGCCCUUCACCGGAUGUGCACCAUCUCCUCCAGGAAGGGGGUUUUCAUGCAGCCCGUGCAGAGCUGAUCCAUCCAGAGCGGAGCCUCGUGCUGCAGAGGGGUGCGCCGGGGGUAGAAGGUGAAAUUCACGUCGUAGUUGAGCAGGCAGCUGAUGGAAGCCAUGUAGAUAUCAGAGAAGCGCACCAGCCGGCGGGAGAAGUACGUGGGGUUGUGGAAGGUGCGGAAGAUGCUUCCAAACUGGGGGUUGAACAGGUUCUUUGUCAGAGACCUGAGAAGAAAGAGAUGGUGCUCUGUAGCUAAAACUGUGGUCACAGGUUCUUCCCACUCCCUUAGCCCUGGGCUACUCCACUCCCUGGGCAUCGGGGGCUCACCCAAGGUACGCCCUCCCGAGGCUGUGGUGCAGGCCAGUCCUUGUGCAGUGAGACUGAUGAAUAUUCAGUGCACUCUUACUCCACCCGUUAUGGGCAGUGUCAGGAGCUGUGGGAGCUGUAGUAGCAGACAGCCCAUCAGCCCCUCCCAGCACUCCCCUUUCCCACCCUGCCUUCAAACCAGUCCAACCUCCUAGGCUGCAGGACUGCGCUGCUGCAUGGCCCCCACCUAGAGGCAAGCGACACCAGGCAGGACCAGUCCAGCAGCUGCAGCAGCAUUGUCCCCAAAGCAGGUUAGAAAACAGGGCCUUGGAGCCCCGAAGAGACCUCACAAGUGAGGGGGCAAAACGCUCACCUGAUCUCCUGCCGUUCCUUCAUCCACUCCAGCAAUACUUGCUUAGACUCUGCAUCCUGAUACAUCUGCAAAGACAGCAGUAGAAAGCAUCACAGCCAUCAGUCCUGCAGGCCAUACCUCAGCUCCCUGCAAUUUCCACUGUAACUCACAAACCCACAGCCCACUGCACCAGGAGGAGGAUGGGAUAUUUUUGAGAACCAGGCAAGAUGGUACAUCCCCCCAUCCCCAUGCUGAACCCAAAAUUCAGGCUCAGAAGACAGCAUAUAAGGUGUCCUGCUCAGCCAGGAGCUGUUUACCUGCAUUCUCUCCAGCAGCCCUGUCAGAGCCUGCUGCCAGGUCAGGGAGUGCAUGUACUGCUCCGUGUUUAUGAUCCGGAUCUCCGUCUCCAGUUCAGGAACGAUGGCUCCAGUCCUCCAGCCAUGACGCAGCAUGAGGUCCUGGAGGUCAGGAUGAAAAAACAGCCAAGAAUUCAACAUAAAGACUGAAAACCAAACACAACCCUGGUUCCUAGAGGAGUGGGUUUGUUCCCAUUUCUCAUUCUCAGGGGACAGCCAUCUAUGGCCCAUGCCAAUAACAACUAUCUCCUGGUCACUAGGAUCAGUUGCAUGAAGCACCUAGAAAGGUGGGAUCAAUACAAACUGCUCUCAAAUUCACACUUUAUCCACAGAAAGUACUUCAGGAGCCUUUUCUCCAGUGCUUGCCUCUGUCUGACAGCAGUGGGGAAGCCUGUGUGUCCUGUUGGGCGGGGGGACACCCAGCACAGCCCUGAGCACUCAGAGCAGGCUGUGCCUUAUCUCCAGCCCCAGCAGCCAUGUGGGAUUGCUCCCAGCCCACUGGAGGGCAGAGACAUUUCACUCACCGCAAGGUCACUGUACAGAUGGUCACCAAAGUAGAGCACUUUGGAUCCACGCCAGCCCGUCAGCCUCAGGAAAUCAAAGAGGUUGCCCUGCAAGUGACAGGAGCACAGAGUGAAAUGUGGGUACAGGCCACCUUAGCCCAGGCAGGUGUGAGCACUCUCAUGGGAUGUCAACCUGCUCUCUUACCCCACCAUCUACACUCAGAGCUUUCUGUCCUACCCCACCUCACUUCACUUUCUUCCCAUGUGACAAUUCCCUGUACAUCCCUCAGCUUUUUCUCUAGCCUUAAAAACGCAAAAAUUCUUCCAAAGGGCAAGUUCUGUGGUCUAGGGCACAGCAAGUCAAGAAGACAACAUGGUCUAAAAAGGCAACAAAAGGAGGCAGUUUAGAGGCCAAGAAAUGCCUACAUUAGAAAAGCCUGAGGAUGAGCAGAAAGAACCCCUGGUUUAGACGUUGUGGUUCUCAGGUGAUAAUGACUUCACCUCACAGGGUGCACCAGAGGGAAGGUGAGCACUGCCAGGCAAGGCUUCUGGAGUCAGGAGCUGUUCUACAUCCCUGACCACCAUCCCAACCCCAAAGUUUAACACCACCCCCAUGUCCACAGGAAUUGUUUAACCAAGCCAAAGAGCCAGGCAACUUGCACAGAUUCACAGCUGGGUAAAACAAACCAUACCCCAAAGCACCAGCUAAAGCACAGCACCAAGCAGCUUUCAAGGCUUUCCAAACAUCCAUGCAUGCACAGAAGGCACUUCAGGGACUACUCUUCCAUCUCCACACAAGUUUUCCACAUGAGUCACGAAAACAAAACCCACUAGGAAAGGAAAUGGGCCCAUCAGUGCCAGCAUACCAGCACAAGCAGUCAGUGUGAAGCUACUAGGCAGCAAUCCCUCUGGCCAGUCUCUAGUGGCAGGAGGGAGCCAGCAGCCCCAGGCACCAGCACCAGCCUGGCCAGAAAGCCUCCAAACACAGAGCAGCCCCCCAGCAGCCACUGGCAGCUUGCAGAAUGCACAGCUAAGGCUGCCCAGGACCAGGCUGCUGAGCCCUCUGUUCCUGCAGCAUCCCUGGAGCUGAGCAGACUUCCCUUAACAGCACAGAAACAGGACCAGGCAGCCUCUGCAUUUCUUGGACACAACCUUGCUGCUGCUCACAUGAGGCCUGCUCAGAAAGCCACUGGCAGAGAAGGAAAUGGAGCACAGCCUUGGAAGGAGCAGAGUCUUCUUGCUGUGCUCCAGUCACCUCAAACAGCAAUGGACCUGACAGCCAGGAAACUUGUGCUUGGAGCUCCAUGGAGCCACAGACCUGUUCUGAGAUCUCCAGGUCCUGCCCUCCUUUCCCCCAAGAUCACAGAUCUGGAGAGGGAAGGGAGUACAAACUUGGCACAUACAGAAAAUACCACAUCUGUUGGAACAGAGGGACUAGAGGGCAUCACUCCAACUUCCCAGUCCCUAGGGAAAAACACCAAUCCCUGAGGUCCCAUUCAUGGGAUACCCACAGGAAAAAACUGCCAUCCAGCCCUGCUUCAGGAGACAGGAACAGCUCAGAGGUCUCUGGCAACAUCCCCAGCAUUGGUCCAUGGCCAGUAACACUUGCCAGAAAGAAGCAUAUUGUGAUGUUCCAAGUAACCAAAAAUCCUGCAGACAGGGUGGGCUGCAACCAGGAUACACACGCUGUCACACCCUAAGAAUCACAGCUAGGCAACAACAUUAAUGCAGUCAGAUAAACAUGACAGUGGGGAAGAACUGGACAGGAGCCCAAAAUCCUACCCAGCCCACCUUCAUCCCUCAUAUCUGCCCUUUCUCAGUGCACCAUUCUCUUGGGUGAGCAACCUGUGGCCACAAGACAUAGGUGGGUCAAGAGCAGGAUUUAAUGCAGCAAUGAAUCCCAUGGGUGAGGUGUGCCCUUUCUCCUGAGGGAGCUGCUAACCCACUGGGAAUGAGCUCUGCUUGCAGGUUCCCAGCUCUGAGCUCUUGGCAGAGGAUAGAACGCCAGCCCAGUACUUUGGCAGACCCACCAGACAGAGGUUUCCCAACAGCACUACUCAAGGACAUGACCUACUCUGCUACAACGGGUCAGGUCCCAGCUAAUUGACUGAAAUCUCACUAACAGUUUCUUCCCGUGGGAUUGGACAGCUCAACCAAGAACAAACUGUCCUAAAGCCAGAGGCAACUUGUCUCAGGGGACAGAUCAGCUGCAAGGACAACAUCCAGGGCAGCAAGAUCACCAGAGCUGCAGCUCAUCUUUGGACAUGCUGGUCCUUCCAGAAGAGGAGAAUCAGGAGCCAAGCUUUGUAGUCUCUUUGAUGCUUUGUACCCUGUUGGAUCACCCUUGUUUCUUUAUUCUACACAAGUCCACCUUUUCCAACCUUAUGGAGAACAAUUUGGAGUGAGGUGUGGAAGAUCUCUGCAUGCACAACAGGUUUCAGAGAGUUGUGCCUUUUUAGCCUCAACUACCACACUCUUGAGAGCCCCUCCAGGACAAGAGUUUCAGGACCAGGACAAUCAGAAGAGCUGAGGGAAGAGUACACAGCUGGCCAUGCUGGGCAAUGUUAGAGCAGAGCUCCCAGGGUGAAGGUUUCAUUGUACAUGGAGAAAGGGGACAUUCACUGGCCCCUCCCACACAUCCAGGGGAUGUUUCCCUACCACCCCAUCUCACACAAAUAGGGCAGCAGCAGGGACAACCCACCCUGGCAGAGGUAACUCAGCACAGGUUCCCCUGGGCAGAAAAGCAAGUACCCCACACCUUAAGUUACCUGGCCCUGCUCUGCCUUUUCCCGCUUGCCUCUGUCCUUCCAUCCCUAGUGCCAAGCCCAUGCUGAAAGCAUUCUGGGGGACAGUGUCCUACCAGGCCAGUGAGAGCUCCUGGGAACAGGGCACCUCCCACUGCCCACAGCCAGCACAGCCCAGAGAGUGUCUUCUUACAAACACCUCUACCUACACAGACGCUCUUUUCAAGGACUUCUGUGCUUUACCUUUCAAACACCACCCAUGAACAAGUGUCCUACAGCAGAACCCAUCAUUACCCCUCACCCUAAUGAAGCAGAUUGUCCUGUUUUUCCAGUGAUUUCCAAAACUGCAGGUGUGUUAUAAGUCCCCACCAUUUCAGACUCCUGCUUGCCCCCAUUCACUUUACCUCUUUGUAGAUCUUUCCCUUCUCCAGCUGGUUUAUUUUGUCCCACUGCAGUGAGCCCUUAUCAUCCAGUUUUCGAAAAGGUCUGGGAAAAAACAGGGGGAGAUGUCAACUUCUUUUGAUUUUUUUGGUGAUUGUUACCCAGCAACCAGAACAUUUGAAUCACAAAACUUGUUUACCUAUGUAACAACUUAAAAUAAAAGCUCUAUAUGAGUUCUAAGUGA